UAGAGUGAGCGAACCACACUGCAAGUAAAACCUGAAGCUACACGGCGAGACGGAGAAGCCAGAUGUGGCGGCAAAACGUUUUCCGGGAAACUCCAGACUCUGACCUGAGCAUUUCCGAUGAGGAAGAUUUCGAUUCUAAUUUGCCCAAUCGCUGUGAUAAAAAGGAAGAAUUGCAACUUCCAUCAAGGCUGGAGAUGCUUAGAGGUACCCUUGAAUGGGAUUGUGAAGGAAAAACUAGCAAUUUAUCUAAAGAGAAGGAAACAAAUGUCUCGCUUGAAGACGAUGUUGAAAUGCCCGAAUUCCAUAAUGAGGGUGACUUCACAUGCUCCCUGAGGAAGGCAUUCACGUGCAACCUGGAUGAGGAAAUAAUCUCUGAUGAUGAGGAAAACAAUGUGCUCUCGACAUUUUCUGCUACCUCUGGCACUAAAAAAUUCCACAAAGAUUGUCUUCAGAGCUUUAGAAGUGGGAAGCAAGAUGGGCCACAAACAUGGUUCGCUGUGAGUAAAGAAGUUGAUGAACUGAUACAUUUGAACAAGAACCCUCCGUGUUCAUCAUCCCAUUCUGCCCCCUUCAUAGCAAACAAAUCUUUUAAAGGUGCUAGAUGCAAGGCUAAGCAAAAAUUUCCAUUCAGUUUCCAGUCGCAUAAGGAAGGACCGUGUUGUCCUUCUAUCUCUAAGAAUGAAAAUGAUGUAUCAUUCAAGGAUCAUGAAACACCCAAACGAUUGGACCCCAUCAAGCCUAGAUCUGAAGAACAUUCAAUUGCCAAGGUUCUUGAAGAUUGUCAGGAAGAAAAUGAAAUUCAGUCUGAGAUUGUGCUUGCUGAAGUAGGAGCUCUUGGGUAUGGAUGCGUUGAGCGAUCCAUGGCAGAGCUUUUAGAUGGCCUUCAGGAUAGGGCUAGUCUGCCGAAAGGAGUCUCUAAAAUGUGUAGUAGAACAAGAAGUAAAAGGGGGCAGAUUGUUGCAAAGAGAAGUGUCUCUUCCCUAGGAGAUAGAACUGUUGAAAGUGAGGACUCCCCUGAAUCCAUGGGUAGUGGAUCAUCUAGUGAGGAUGAGAUGUUAAAGCAGGCCAAAGAUCAAAAACUAAAGGUUACUAUCCCAGAAAUGAAAGGGCAAACCAUGGCAGAUCGGUUUCAAGAAGCUGUAGGUGCUACCUUUCUCAAUAAUGAAGUGGCCAUUGUUGCAGUGCCUAAACCAUCAGGCAUUGGAUUAUUUGGGAAGUUGCAGCAGCUCAUGCAGACUGAAAAAGAAAGAGAUAUGGAUUUUUUGAGGAAGUUGGAGACUGGAUCUAAUGCAAAUGAUGAAACAAGCUGCAUUGUUGUAAAAAUCCUGACUAGAUACUUGGAUGCAAAGCUGACAGUUUGUCAAUGCUCUUUUGGCCAGAACAUGGAGUCAGGGAGCCCCCAAAUAAUGGUAGAGGGAGGAAGGAAAAGAACAAUUAUUUUCAGUCCAAGAGUUAGCAGCGAUGUUGACCUUGACGUUGGGAACUUGAUUUGUAUUCAUCCCCCAUGGUAUGGACGGAAGGAGGUUCAAGUGGGAAAUGAUGAGAGCAUUCUUCUGUCCACAUAUUUUUCCCAAAUUUUAAUUUGACCAGCUCAGGCACAAGCAUGCAAGGAAGUAGAGCCUCAAACUGUGUUUCACUCGGCAAAGACAAAGACAUGAUUGGACAAAACAUUACAUCUGUGAUCCCCUACCUUUUCCUUUCUUUUCUUUUCUUUUUUCAAUUUUUUUUUUCUCCUCUUUUUCCCUGAUAUGAUGCUUGAAUCCUCUCCAAAUUGUACCCACUAAUGACCAUUCUAUGAGUACAGAAGGAAGAAACUUACAUAUAUACUUUAGAUA